GCAUUACGUAUUUGUGUUGGCCUGUUCAUUUCACGCCUCCGCAGAUAUCCAAUCCCAAAAUGGGAUGCACGCCAACCCCAUCUGAUUUAUCGUCGACUGGAACUCUAGAAUACUCAUGGCGUCUCAUUCACGGAAGGCGUCUGGAGCCUCCGAGGCUGAUUUCUUCGAUAUCCCUGACGAACCACUCCUUGCCGUACUGAAAAACCAACUAAGGCGUAUCCGUACCUGGGUUUUCAUUUUCGUCUUGAUCCUUCUCAUCCUCUUUCUCCGACGGGAACCGCCCCCUCCUCCAGCCCUGCCUCACAUCAAUUACGAUUUAGUCGAUUGGUCGAGGUACGCAUAUACACAAUAUGCGACCUCUAGCCCAUAUCUCUGUAACGCACUCCUUGUCUUCGAUGCUCUAGAAAGAUUUGGGAGUCGAGCGCAGCGAGUGCUCUAUUACCCAGAGGACUGGGAUAUACUUACUGAAACUGACCAUGACCGAGACAACCAAUUGCUCCGGGUAGCAAGGACGAAGUACAACGCGAUGUUGGUACCAAUACAGCUAGACAUGAUCAAACCAGGCGCAGGAUCGGGCGAGUCAUGGAAUAAAAGCAUCUCGAAAUUGCUCGCCUUCGGUGAGACUGAAUAUGAUCGAGUCAUUCACCUCGAUUCCGAUAUUCUAUUGUUGAAGAACCUGGACGAGCUGUUUUUCCUGCCAGAUGUACCCGUCGCGAUGCCCCGAGCAUACUGGCUUCUCCCAGAACAAAAGGCCCUUUCCUCCCUCCUCCUCGUCAUUGAGCCUUCUUAUCGCCGAUACAAAGCCCUUUUGGAUACAGCGCUCGGCAUCGAGCCCGAGAGCUCCGGUAGCGAUAGCCCGCGGAUGAAAUAUGACAUGGAACUGAUGAAUGAAUUUUACGGUGAUUCAGCCAUGGUUUUGCCACACAGGCAGUAUGGUUUGGUUUCAGGGGAGUUCCGGUUACAGAAUCACACUGCGUUCCUGGGAAGUGAUGACGAAGCCUGGGAUCCGGAUAGAGUUCUUUCAGAGGCUAAAUUCGUACACUUUUCCGACUGGCCGUUGCCAAAGCCCUGGGUGAUGUGGCCGUCUCAGAUGCUGCCUGAUAUUUUACCAAAGUGCAAGAAUAAUCCGGGAACGCUGCAUGAGAGCGGGUGUCGUGAUCGAGAUGUAUGGAUGAAGCUCUAUGACGAUUUCCGGGUAAGACGGAGGGAUGUCUGCAAACUUCUCAGUUAUCCUGCGCCUAACUGGUCUCCAGGGAAUGUUCCGCCAGCUGGGGACCCCGGGAAAUAGUACGGCUCUAUAUAGCAUGCAUAGUGUAUUUCGAAAUCAAUAGAUCAUAAUUCUGCACAAAUAGAUUUAUGCGAUGGCGCAUAGGAAUUGAAACAGGUGAUUGCUUCCGCUUUGAGAAGCCAUUGGUUUGUGGAAUUAGGAACAAUUGGUGGGGACAUGUACUAGGAGUAAUUGCAUUAUAGAAAAAAGUAUCAGUCCUUUUACAAGUAGUUCUGGUGAGAGAGUCUUGAUACAACUCUCGAAUUCCCCCAUAUUAUUCAACACAUUCCGCUCGGAUCAAUCGC